GACCCAUGCCUCCGAGUUGUGCAGCGAGUGGGUCACGUGACGUAGGGAAGCGGAAUGCCAACAUGGACCCGUGGCAAGGACGGGAUGUGAGCGAGCGACGACGAUAACACGACGGAAGCGAGCAGAAAACAGCGGAAAGUCCGAGAGAGGUCGACGCAUUGCCGAGCCUCCUCCCGGUAACAAGCGGUUAACCUGUCAAACAUAACAAGAAGGUGCUGUAGGUGGCUGUAACUCAACGCUUCCUGUCUGGAUUGCCAACGAGGCAAAACUAACUUCCCAAACCUCCUGCUGCACUAUUCAGUCAUGGUUAAACAGAAACCCUCUGAGUGUAACACAUUGUCCAUGUGGACUGAACAUAACCCAGGUUUCAGCAGCGUUUACACUUGAUAUAAACUCCCUUCACACCUAAGGUUUCUCUGACACCUGUGGGCGGUUGUCCCAGCAGCCCCCCUCCCCCCCCUCCCCCCUUCCCACAGCACUAGGCCUGGAUCAAUGGUGUCCCUCAGCAGCAGAACACUGAUUGUGGAGUCUGAGCUAUUCAGGGAAAGCAGCAGCAGCCUGUUCUCCUUCUCAGAGGAGGAUGGGGUCUGCAUGCGCUUCUGCAAUAGCCCUGGGGCCAGUCAGCAGGGGAUCCUGCAAAGCUUCAGCCCUGAAGAGGGGGAGUAUAGAGAGGAGAAGGAGGAUGAAAACGAAUGUGGUAGUCUGGAGAUUUUUCACGGUGCAACUGAGGAUGCAGGACUGGAUUAUCAAGAGCCUAAGCUGUUGGAAUUUUCUUUUCAUCCGUCUUCACCUUUCUCUCCCACUUUGGAGGACAUAGAGGAAUUUCUGAAGGAAAAGAUGGAGCAAGUGAAGGAGGACCUAAUGAGUGCUAAAGAGGAAACCUCUCCUCUGCUGUGCAGCUUCAUCAACUCUCCGUCAUCCUCUGUACCCUCAGCUUCCUCAACAGAGACUAAAAGUGAGCCAGGUGUCAGUGCUUCCCUUUGCAUUUCCUCCCCAGAGACCCCUGAGAAAGAGAAAAAUGCUCCCGACCAGGCUGACCUUUCCCCUCCUACUCACACAAACCCCUCACCAGCCAUUGUGACCCCACCGAUGCUCCUUGGAUCUCCAGUUGUCCUCCAGCUACAGCAUUUACCUUUGGCUCAGGCGCCUGCAGGGUCUCCUCCAUCAGCCCAAAGUGGCAUUUGGCUCACUCAUCUGGUCAUGGGGGUCCAGGGUGCUACAGCUCCAAAUCUCACCUUGGUGGCCCCCCAGGUUUCCUCCACACCUACCACCACCACCCUGUUGCCACUAAGCAGUGAUAACAAAUCAGCAGAUCAGAAAUAUGUGAAGAUUGCACCUCUGCCUAUCACCACAAGGACUCUAGAGAUCACCGCAGUGGGAGGAGGUCAGGGGACUGAUGUCCUAAAAGCAGCGGCCCCCCGGGUGAACAGGGUGUCGCCCACUGAGAGGGUCCACAAGUGCUCCCACCCGGGCUGUGGGAAGAUGUACACGAAGAGCAGCCAUCUGAAGGCACACUUCCGCCGGCAUACUGGAGAGAAACCCUACACAUGCAGCUGGCCGGAGUGCGGCUGGAAGUUCUCUCGAUCUGACGAGCUGUCUCGCCACCGCCGCUCUCACUCGGGCAUCAAACCGUAUGAAUGCACUCUAUGUGAGAAGAAGUUUGCUCGCAGCGACCAUUUAUCCAAACACACAAAAGUCCACCGCAGCUCCAGGCCCGGCAGGGUGAUCAGGACCACUGUGUGACGUCUUUAGUUGGUGUAAACCAGGGCUGGGCUCAGGUUUCCCUCAGGACCUUUUUGGUGCUUUUACAAGCAGAACUUUCCGAAGAAUCCGGAGAGCUGGCUGUUGUUUCAACCCGUUGGUUUCUUUCCUUUCUUUUCCUCCCUGCUGUUCUCCUGUUGAGUAUUGCAUCUGAGGAGCUCGUCUUAUACAGAGCAAUCAGCCACCUCAGGAAAAACAACGCCGAAAGAAGACUUCCUGGCAUUUACUCGAACAUUACAGGAGACAGUCUUACAGAGGCCCUGAUCCAGACGCUGCUUACACUGCUGCUCCUGGUACCUGGAACUGCCAGCAGCUAUAGGGACAGUAACCAAUACUGGCAACAUCUGUAAUUGUAUAAUUUCUCUUCUCUACAUCUGCCAGUUGUCCCUCUUCAUUGAAGCCACAUUUCAGGGUUCACAUGCACAAGAAGCAUCUAAAUGUUUUUCUCUUCUGUGUCCCAGUUUGUCAAGUAUUCCAGUCACAAGGUUUGGAUGGUUAUGCAUGUUUUGACAGCAUAGCAGGACUCUGUCCGGGUGAAACUAUGACUAGCAAAGAUGUAGUGCAGAGCUGCUCUUCCAUUUAAGCGACAAUCUAAUCGUACCAAGCUUGGGGCUUUGCUCAAAAUUUGCUAAAUCUGUGCAGAAAUCCCCAAGUUAAUAUUUUAUGCAUCCAAUGCUGGCCUUUCAAAGCAUUCACCCAAUCAUGAGCCACCUUAUCUGGACCUGGAUGCCUAAUUUCUUUAUCGCUGCCUUUUGUCAUGAUCACAUACCUCUCUUUGCCCCGUUGUUAUGUUGUUGUCUUGUGACUGCUCUUAUUUAACUGUGAUUCCUAACAGGGAGGUUGCCAAACCAGAAAUCCCUGUUCUGGCCCUGCAGGAGAGUGGAGACGACACUCUCAAUGCAUGGCCGUUUAUAAGCUCCUUGUUACCGGCAGAUCAAUGUGCAGCCGACUUCUGUGGCCCGGAAAACCAUUGGGCUCAAUGGUGCAAUGGUGACAUGAAACACUGCUCUUACUUUAUUACAGCAGCACUUAUUGUAACCAUUAUUGUGCUGGUUUUCAUCAGCAACAAAAGCUAGUAGAUUAAAUAGCUGAAAAAGCAGCUAACAUCUGUCCAAUCACAUGGAUUAGCACUAGGCAUGGACCAGUUACAGGUAUCUGGUUAUACCAUCUGUCUAGCCACCUCUUGUACAGGUCCUUCUCAAAAUAUUAGCAUAUUGUGAUAAAGUUCAUUAUUUUCCAUAAUGUCAUGAUGAAAAUUUAACAUUCAUAUAUUUUAGAUUCAUUGCAC